AUGAAUGAAAUAAAGAACCAGAACUACUACAAGCAAGGCUUUGAGAAAAGCGUUUCAGAUACGCAUGCCUGGCGCACUGUUGAUAACUCAGCGAAAUUUCUUAUUCCCUAUCUUAAACCAACCUUUAGAGUUCUUGAUGUGGGUUCUGGACCCGGCACCAUAACGAUAGAUUUGGGGCGCUAUAUACCAAAAGGAUCAAUCAUUGGGGUGGAGCCUACUGAGGAGCUAAUAAAGGAGGCCAAAGACAAUAGAGCUAAAAGUGGCAUUCCCAACGUCGACUUUCGAUUGGGAUCAGCAUACGAGCUUCCUUUUGAAGAUGACACUUUUGACCUAGUAUUUUGCCAUCAAGUCCUACUUCAUUUGCAAGACCCUCUUGCGGGACUUAAAGAGAUGAAAAGAGUCACCAAGCCUGGUGGAUUUGUAUGCGCAAGGGAGAGCGACCUUAUGGCAUCAGUGGUAUAUCCUCCACGAUACGAAACAAUUAAAACUCAUUUUUUACAAAAAGCUGAAAAAGAAGGCAGUAACGUGAGAUUAGGUAGAUCUUUGAAAGAAUUGGCUUUAGAUGCUAAUUUCCAACUGUCACAAAUUUUUUCUACAAGCUCAAAUUGGUGUAUCUCGGAUGAUGAUAAGAAACUUUCUUGGGGAAAGGCACACAUAAAACGCAUAGCAGGCUCCUCCGAGAGGACUCACGAGAAUGAUGAGAUAGACAAACAAAGAAAACUUGAGGUGAUAUCCGCAUGGAAGACUUUCAUUAAGGACAAUAAAGCAUGGCUCCUACUAGUUAGUGCAGAAGUUGUAUGCGUUAAAUAA